AUGUUGGCAUGCCACCUACUGUUGGGGAGGCCUUGGCAAUUUGAUAGAGAUGUUGUGCACCAAGGGAGAUCCAUCAAAUACACUUUUGUGAUUGAAGGUAAAAAGUAUGUGCUUGCACCUCUCACUCCAUAUCAAGUGAGUGAGGACUAUCGAGCUAUGAAGGAGCUUCGAGAGAGAAUAAAAGUCGAGGAGGCAAAAGGUGAAGGCGAAAGUUCCACCAUCGUUACAAAGGAGGGGAGUGCCUUGGCUAAAAAUAAGAAGAAUAUGUGCAUGAUAGCAAAGCCAAGCAAGUGUUUAAAGGGUGUGGAUGAAGAAUGCUUUCUAGGCUAUGAUGAGCUAUUUCCAUAUGAGAUGCCCGCUGGAUUACCACCCUUGAGGGGAAUCAAGCACCAAAUAGAUUUUAUACCGGGUUCACAAAUCCCCAAUCGUCCAACUUAUAGGAGUAACCCGGCAGAAACCAAAGAGCUAUCAAGGCAAGUGGAAGAGCUUCUUGAGAAGGGGUUGAUCAAAGAAAGCCUAAGUCCCUGUGCCAUACCGGUAAUUCUUGUUCCCAAAAAAGAUGGCACUUGGAGAAUGUGUAUUGAUUGUAGAGCCGUAAAUAAGAUCACAGUGAAGUAUCGACAUCCCAUUCCUCGACUUGAUGAUAUAAAAUAG